AUUCGAUGUGGAGACCUAACGGACAACAUGGCGACGCAGACGGCCCGCUACUACAGCGAGGGAGGCAGGGCGACGAAGCGCCAAAAAACCGAAAACGACGGCGGAAUUUCAACUGAGGGCUAUGACGAUCCUCACAAACCUCUCCCGUCCCUGGUGGUCCAUGUACGGGGACUGGUGGAUGGAGUUUUGGAAGCAGACCUUGUAGAAGCACUGCAGGAGUUUGGGACCAUCAGUUAUGUGGUACUGAUGCCCAAAAAGCGCCAGGCCCUGGUUGAAUAUGAGGACAUGAGUGGCUCUUGCAACGCCGUGACCUAUGCCAACGACAACCAGAUCUAUAUUGCUGGUCAUCCUGCGUUUGUGAAUUAUUCAACCAGUCAGAAGAUAUCCCGUCCUGGAGAUUCUGAUGACUCCCGCAGUGUUAAUAACGUUUUGCUGUUCACAAUCAUGAAUCCCAUCUAUCCCAUCACAACGGAUGUGCUGUAUACCAUUUGCAACAAUUGUGGCCCUGUUCAGAGAAUUGUCAUCUUCAGGAAAAAUGGUGUCCAGGCCAUGGUGGAGUUCGAUUCCGUGCAGAGUGCACAGAGAGCCAAAGCCUCUCUCAAUGGUGCUGAUAUAUACUCAGGCUGCUGCACCCUUAAGAUCGAAUAUGCCAAGCCGACACGCCUCAAUGUGUUCAAGAAUGACCAGGACACAUGGGACUACACCAAUCCAAACCUGAGCAGUCAAGGUGCAGAUGCUGAUGGCAACGGGGGUGAUCAAGAUAUGAAUGCCAACCCCAACAAACGUCAGAGGCAGCCGGCUCUGCUGGGAGAUCACCCUCCAGAGUACGGUGGUUACCAUGGAUACCAGGACGAGGGUUAUGGUGGCUACGAAGCGCGACGCAUGGGCCCGUCUAUGGGUGGCCCACGGCGGGGCGGGGCGGGGCAGCGGUACGGUGGGCAGUACGGUGCACCCCCACCACCUCCGGGGGAGUAUAGUGCACACGCAGAGUCUCCUGUCAUGAUGGUGUACGGCCUGGAGCCAUCGAAAAUAAACGCUGACAAGGUCUUCAACAUCUUCUGCCUCUACGGCAAUGUGGAGAGGGUGAAGUUCAUGAAAAGCAAGCCUGGAGCUGCUAUGGUGGAGAUGGGAGACUGCUACGCUGUGGACCGUGCCAUCUGCCAUCUCAACAACCACUUCCUCUUUAACCAGAAACUUAACGUCUGUGUGUCCAAACAGCAGGCCAUCAUGCCCGGACAGUCGUACGAGCUAGAGGACGGUAGCAGCAGCUUCAAAGACUUCCACGGCAGCCGUAACAACCGCUUCACUUCCCCAGAGCAGGCAGCCAAGAACCGAAUCCAGCACCCAAGCAACGUUCUGCACUUCUUCAACGCUGCUCCUGAAGCGUCUGUGGAGAUCUUCUCUGAGAUAUGUGAUGAGCUUGGUGUGAAGAGCCCAUCGAAUGUAAAACUGUUUGCAGCAAAGGGUGGUGCCUCCUCAGAGAAGAGCUCCUCAGGUCUGCUGGAGUGGGAGUCUGUUAAUGAUGCAAUGGAAGCACUAGCCAUGAUGAACCAUUACCAGAUGAAGAACCCAAAUGGUCCGUACCCCUACACACUGAAGCUCUGCUUCUCCACUGCCCAGCACGCCAACUGAGACGCGGCUGCCUAGAUCCUGCCCUCCCACGUUAUUGCCACAGCUUUACUGUCUGUCUCCCCUGCCCUCUGUGCUGUUUUAUCAGUCUUAUUAGGUCCUAUGUGUGUGAGAGAGAGCGCGAGAAAGGGCUGCAGUGUACGCUGAAAGUGAAACUGACGGAACUGUCAAAUUUUGUUUUUAUUGAAGAACAGGUGAAUUGCUUUUGUAUGAGUAUUUUUUUUCUUCUUUUUUUUUUAUUGCUUUUUCAUUACUGUUAGCUGUGUGUUCUCACUUUUGGAAACGUCACCCUGUAAAGGACAGGCUGCAUCUUUUCUCUUAAUUGUAAAAUAAAAUUACUCCGUGAUUAGAA